UUCAUUCAGUCUGUAGUCUGUGCUGACAGCACAGCCGACAGGCGACAGCUAGAGACGUUACAAAGUUUUAGUUCAAACUUCAAAAUUAUUAUAACAUAGAUAAAUUUACUCAAUUAUUUUUAUAUUAAUUAAAGAUGAGUCCCAAAUUAUCAGAAAAGAAAACAAUAUCAAUUGACAUAAUUAUAGGCGAUCAACUAACAACUAUUUCAUGUGGACAUAUACUUGUUGAAUUGAUUAAGUUUAUAGCUUAUCAAAGACUUCAAAUUCCUUACACAUACCAAUGGUUAAAACAAGUUAUAACAAAAAAGAAGGAAAUGGAAGAUAAAAAGGAGAGUUACAAGUCAGAAAGACAUUUCCACAUAGCUUCUACUGCAUUAGAUAAUUUAGACUUUGUGUUGAAGAGCCUGUUAAAAGAACUUGGAGGAGCAUCAAUACCAGAUGAAGUUUGUGUAGCGUUUGGUGCCACGCCAGUAUCAUGCAAGGAGAUAUACCGUGUUCUAUUACCUUCUGUGUGCCAUAAACCCCAGUGCCAUUCUACUCAUAUUGCUUCAGAUCAAAAAAUUCAAGGAAAUGUUUUUAGAAACUUGGCAACAUCAGAUAAACUCAAUGAAGUGUUCUAUGACAGUCUUCCACCUACAAACAUGUAUGUGUUCUUGAAGAAGAUGAAAUACAAAGAUCAAAAUGUUGUCUGCAAUGAUAGCUUCGUGCUAGUCAAUGGGUACAGGAUACCCAGGAGCUGUAAAGUUGUUGUUUUAAACUUUAAAACAUUAAAUUAUGAGAAUAUUGCUUGUUGCAAUGACUUUUCCGUAUUUGGAGACACAAUCAGUGAAGAUUUGGAUAGAGUUAAAAUUGAGGAUGAUGCAGAAUUUUGUGAAAUUGAAACAACAAAUGAUGUGAAAUGGUUUCAGUCCACUUAUGUUAUGAAAGGGUUUAAGGACUGUGCCAUAAAUGGUAGUUCAAUUACCAAUACUUGGCUUCAGCCUUGACAAAAAAUAAUAUUUUAAGGUUGACCACAUUUAAUGAUAAGUGUAAGGCAGUAAUUAGCUAAUUAAAAUUUAAAUGUCAAACAAGUAUAAGUUUAAGAUAAGAUGAUGCAGAUUAUUAUCAAUACAUUAUUCUAGUACCUUUAUUAUUAUCAUAUGGUUGGCCUUAUAAAAUAAAAAUAUAGUUAGUUAAUUUUUCCUUGUUGAAAUAAUUAGAAAUAACCUAGCUAAGGAAUAAAUCAAGUUGUAAAUGAAAAAUCAUUAUAUACAUCAUAACUUUUAUUGCUCAAUGUUAAAUGGUCUGAUUGUUUGUAGUUGUUAAAAAUAAUUUUUUGUUAAGAUUUAUGAUUUUUUCUUAAUCCUAAGCAUAAUGAUUCCAACAUUGUUAAGUUUAAGUGGACACAUGAUUUAACGUCAUGUUUAUUUA